AAGGGUUUCUUGUUCGUUUCUUCCCUGUUUGCAAAUCUAAAAAAAAAAUGGUUUCUUUGGCUUCUCGUACGGGAAGAAAUAUGCAGCGUUACAGAGAAGGUCGUCGUAUAGUUGUUGGAUGUGUACCUUACAGAUACAAAAAUGGGAAACAUCCUUCAUGUGAUGACACUAAUACCAUCGAUGAUGAAGGCGAAUUAGAGAUCCUUGUAAUCAGUUCACAAAAUGGUCACGGCAUGUUGUUCCCUAAGGGAGGUUGGGAAUCAGAUGAGUCAAUUGAAGAGGCAGCUUUGCGAGAGACAGAGGAAGAAGCUGGUGUAAGAGGCGAAGUUCAGAUUAAACUGGGUGAAUGGGGUUUCAGGAGCAAAAGAUAUAACACAAUCUAUGAAGGUGUCAUGUUCCCUUUGCUUGUUAAGGAAGAACUUGAUCAAUGGCCUGAGAAGAACCGUCGACAAAGGAAAUGGAUGACUGUGGCUGAGGCUAGAGAAGUGUGUCAACAUUGGUGGAUGAAGGAAGCACUAGACAGACUGGUUAGACGCUUGAUGCAACAAGCAGAGGAAGACAUAGUAAUAUCACCAAGUUGUUCUUUAAGUGAGGAAGAGACAGCUAGUGAGGAAGAGGUGGAUCCUUGUCGUGUAUUCUAAGAGAAGGAUAUAGAGAAUGAAGGGGUUUCUCUAGAUUAUUACUUCACUGCCUCUUGGAAGAACAACCCAGCUCAAUCCCUAUGUUGGUAAUGAAGAUGUAACUCUCCUAGGAGCCAGAGCAGAGGUUGGGUGCUGUUCAGUAACAAUUGAUCAAGAAAGACUGAGAGAGACUUGGAAAUGAAGAUGUAAAUCAUGGUUUGACUUCUUUGAUUCAUGUACAAUAGUUGUUGGCACCUUCUUGUAAUCUCCAAUUGCUGUGCAGUUUAGAAAGUUUCAGAUUUUCCCUCUCCUAACUCUUUCUGAUUUCUGGGAAACCCCAACUAAACUGCAAGUUGUACAUAAAGAUCAAUCAGGUUUACUUUUUGUAUCUAAUAAAAUGUUGAGUCUUCCAUUACAUGAGUUUUGUAA